CGGUGAAUCAUCAACGCCGUAACACCCAUUGAGGCUGGUUUUUCCAGAGGAAAUUCUAGUUUCACUUUAGUGUGAUAUAUGUAGUAUACGUAAUCUACAUUCGCAUUUAUUUUCAUCUAAGCGGUUGCUGGAGAGGCUUUCUGAUAUCUAGAUAACCGGAUUAAUUUCGUUACAAUGAUGUCUACCAUCUACCUUUACUCCGGGCAAGGGGCAGAUGAAAGCGACAGUGAGAUUAUUAUCCAGUCUUUACAGAAAAGCCUCAAGCCGGGAGUGUAUACUGUUAACAAGAUAACUGCAGAUGAAAUCAUCAAAGGAACAUGGGCAAGUACUGCUGCUGCUUUUGUCAUGCCAGGCGGCUUUGACAGAGGAUUCAUCCGGGCACUUGGUGACUCAGGCGCGACGGCAAUACGAGAGUAUGUGUGGAACGGUGGCUCGUAUCUCGGUUUGGGCGCGGGGGCAUAUUACGCCUGUGACUACAUCGCGUUCGCCGUGGGAGGGCCAUUGCAGGUCGUAGGGGAUCGUCCAUUGAAAUUUUUCCCGGGUGAGGGAAUAGGACCAGCAUAUGGUCCCUACAGCUACGACGAUGAAAGGGGUGCUCGCGCAGCUCCAGUCGACUUCUUCCAAUAUCCGGGUCCUCGAAGUAUUUCCAGCAAGAUCUAUUUCAAUGGCGGCAACUUAUUCGUUCCGUAUAAAGCGGAAUCUGGUGGAAAGCAAAACGGUACAACAUCUGACAUUCCCAUGGGAACGGUUGAUAAGGUUUUGGGUCUUUAUUCUCAACUUCCAACUCAGCCAAUCUCCAUUGUCAAGUGCAAAGCCGGAACUGGUGUUGCUGUCCUAAGCGGGGUUGAAAUGGAGGUCCGCAGUUCCGAUCUGAAUGGAAGCGAUCCAUAUUUGAAACCAAUAAAACAAGAACUAGAACCCUAUGACGUUACAAAUGAAACCAUAUGGAGCUCUGCCCUACAGGAGAUGGGUCUGCAAGUAAUUGUCUAGGCUUGUCUUGCCGCCGUGACAUUCAAUUGGAAUAUAAGUAUUUUCUUGACAUUUUGAAUAAUUAUAAGUGAACAAGUGCUUCGUUUUAGUUUAACUUGUAUAUUUGACCCCUCAAAGGCAGAAUGUAAUGACGUUCUAAACCUGAUCUCUAUGUGGUUAAACGUUUUUUUCCAUUCAAUGACCUUUAUUUUCUUUCGUUGUUCUGCAAUUUUGUUUCCGUAGGUUUGGGUUUAGACUGGCUCCCGUCUUGAAUAUUGAAUUAUUUAAAAAUAAAAAUCUUAUAAUUUUGAUUACUUGGAUGGCUGGUCUCAAUCAAGAGGAGA